AUGCAAACCAUAACAAAUUCUUCUUCAAAGUGUUUAGGCACUGUGAUAUUUUUUCAUGGAUCAGGUGACUCUGGUACAGGAAUCAGGCAAUGGCUUAAGAUGGAACUUGGUGAAGAGUUUUCAUUUCCACAUCUAAAUGUUGUUUUACCUACAGCACCAGCUAGGCCUUACACACCAGCUGGUGGAGCAUUAAGUAAUGUAUGGUUUGAUCGGAAUGAUAUUUCUCAGAAUGUGCCAGAAACAGAAUCAGUAAAAACUAUGUGUGAAAAUCUAGAGCCAUUAAUCACAGAUAUAGUGGAGAAAGGAGUACCAAAGAAAAACAUAAUUUUGGGAGGGUUUUCUAUGGGAGGUUGUUUAGCUAUGCAUAUGGCAUACAGAUUCCAUCCAGACGUAGCAGGAUGUUUUGUGUUAUCAGGAUUUUUAAAUACAGGAUCAAGUGUGUAUGAUGCCGUUCAAGCAGCUAAAAUUCCAGUACCACCAUUAUUCUAUGCUCAUGGAAAAGAUGAUGAAUUAGUGCAUUAUGACUGGGGAGUCAACACCUAUGAACAAUUGAAAAAAUUGGGAGUGAAGGGAGAAUUUCAUUCAUUUGACAAUCUUAGCCACUCAUUAUAUAGGAAAGAAUUAGAUUUAGUAAAGAAAUGGAUCACUCAACAGAUACCUGAAUAA